AACCGUAGCCCUUAGGAGGUGUAGUGCAAUUUUGGCCCGAAACACAAAUUGGAGUGAGUCUCGGCAUGAGUUCCGGGUCAACUCAGCGAAUGUUCCAGCUGAAAUUGGACUCUCUCACCGGCAAAUCGGAGUGGGUGGUUGUGGAAGGAGACGAUGAAGAUGAUGGCUCCUCAGUGGAUUUGGCUACAACCUCGUAUCUCGAUAUGCUUAACGACACCACGAGAAACAAAGCUUAUCGUCAAGCCAUUGACAACACUGUCACUCGACCUUGUAAUGUCCUCGAUAUUGGUGCUGGUACUGGACUGCUAUCGAUGAUGGCAGCACGUGCAUUGGGUUCAGCUGACUCCACUGUGGCUAGUGAUGACAAAGGAAGGGUUGUUGCAUGUGAGUCUUACCUUCCAAUGGCGAAGUUGAUGAGGAAAGUUGUGCAUUCCAAUGGUAUGUCCAGGAAAAUACAUGUCAUCAACAAUCGCUCUGAUGAACUCAAAGUUGGAGUUGAUAUCAGUACCCGAGCUGAUAUACUUGUUAGUGAGAUCCUAGAUUCAGAAUUAUUGGGAGAAGGAUUAAUACCUACUUUGCAAAAUGCGCAUGAUGAGCUACUGGUGGAGAAUCCUGAUACUGUCCCAUACCGAGCAGUUACUUAUGGCCAGUUAGUUGAAAGCAGUUUUCUAUGGAGGCUGCAUGAUCUCUAUAGCAAUGAGAUUUGUGCAUCGGAUGGCAUUCGUCUUGUUCCAACUGAACGCAGUUCCAUUUUGAGUAUCGAACCACAGCAGUACCCCAUGCACUGUGACCCAUUGCAAGAAGAAUUAAAGCUGCUUUCAGAACCCUUCAAAAUUUUUGAGUUUGACUUUUGGAAACGGCCAAGCAGUCAUGGGGAGGCUGAGAUACUUGUAGAGGCAGCUACUAGUGGAAGUGUGAAUGCUGUUCUCUCCUGGUGGGUACUUCAGCUUGAUAAAGAAGGAACAGUCUUUUACUCUACUGCACCAAAGUGGAUCAAACUUUUACAGACAGAAUUUCCAGGUAAUGAGAAUUGGUGUGACCAUUGGAAACAAUGUGUUUGGUUUGUCCCAGGAAAAGGUUUAUCUGUAUCCAAAGGUGAAAAUAUUCAGUUGCUUGCUGUCCACUCAGAUAUAAGUAUUUCCUAUAGCCUCUGGGCUGAAAGCCAAAGAAAUAAGAAAGAGCACGUUAUUCGCAAAGAUGAUUUCCAGCUUACUUUGUCACCUGAAAAAAUUGCAACUUACUCUGAUGAUAAAUGGAGGCGUUAUGUGUCACUAGCUUUACAAAAUGCUUUGCAUAGAAAAGAUUCCCCGUUGUGUUUUGUUCUGGAUGAUAGUAUUUUCUUAGCCACAGCCAUUGCUCAUCUUUGCAAAACUUCCCGUGUAAUGUUGUUGUUUCCUGGGUUGCGAGAGAGAGGUUUACAGUAUCUGCGAGCUACUGCUGAAACAAAUCAGUUUUCUGCUGACCGUCUGAAGCUUCUUGACCACCGAUUAGAGUACAUCUCAAUUCAUGAAACAGAUGGGAAGAAGAUUGACCUGUUGGUUGGAGAGCCAUUCUACUAUGGAUCUGAGACAUGGCUUCCAUGGAAAAAUCUGCGAUUUUGGAAAGAAAGGACAAGGCUUGAAGGAAUAUUGUCCAAAGAUGCUAUUGUCAUUCCCUGCAAAGGAAUUUUACGUGUUUGUGCCAUGUCUCUCCCGGAUCUCUGGAAAAGUCGUUGCAGUCUUACAUAUAUUGAAGGAUUUAAUCAUUCUGUUGCCAAUACCAUCCUGGGGGCAUGUGGCAACUUGCCAUCUCCUCAGGAGGGUCCUAUACUGCCGUUCUUUGUCUGGCAAAGUGGGGAAUCUAAGGAACUGAGUGAGAGGUUGACACUGAUGGAAUUUGACUUCUCAAAACCUAUGAGUUCUUGCUCUGGUAAAGCGAAGGUUAAGUUUACCGGGACUGGUAUAUGCCAUGGCUUUGUUCUUUGGAUUGAUUGGGUAUUAAGUGCAGAAAACGAUAGUGUUGUAUCAACUGGCCCAGAUCAUAGACAAUGGAAGCAAGGGGUAAAGCUGUUAAAAACCCCUGUGGCUGUCAGUAGUCAGGAUCAUAUGUCUUCUGAUGAUUUUCAUUCAGUGGAAAUGGAGGCAAAUUUUGAUUCGGCCAAUGGUGAUCUCAUGAUUCAAUAUGUCUUUGUAUAAUGAGAAGAAUUGUUAGCAUAAAAGUAUAUGCAUUUGAUCUGUCUUUUCUUGCAAAAUCUUACACUCGGGUAAGAUGGAUGCUUUCUAUUUUCUUGCCUUUGUAGUCGUCGCAGCCCUUAGUAGAAAUGUAUGUGCGCUUUCAGUGGUCUUUCCCUGCAAAUUUGCCAACAGCAGUCUUUCUUGGUUGACUUUUAUAAUUACUACAAGAGGGUGAGGGAGUGAAAAUUUUAAGUUCA